AUGGGGGAGCAGCCAAUUUUUUCAUGCAAAGCUCAUGUUUUUCACAUUGAUCCUAAAACCAAAAGAUCUUGGAUACCUGCUUCAAAUACAGCAGUCAGUGUUUCUUUUUUUUAUGAUUCUACUAGAAGUCUUUACAGAAUAAUAAGUGUAGAAGGUGCCAAGGCUGUUAUCAAUAGCACAAUUACUCCAAAUAUGACUUUCACUAAAACAUCUCAAAAAUUUGGACAAUGGUCUGAUGUUAGAGCCAAUACAGUUUAUGGGCUCGGUUUUUCAUCUGAAUCAGAAUUGAACAAGUUUAUAGAGAAGUUUAAAGAAGUAAAAGAAGCCACAAAAUUAGAAGCUUCCAUAAAAGCAACUACAAAUGGUACUAAUUUUGCUGCGACACCUGUUACAAGUGCAAAUGCCAGUCCGAUUACUGGUCGAGCAAUAAGUGGAAACAGAGUCCCCCCUGAAACAAGUGUCACUGAUGAUAAUUCUAUUAUUGAUCCACCAAAUACUACUUUAACCAAUCCUACAGCUUCUGCCAAAAAUGAUCAGAGUCUCUCUGAUGAAGAUAAAAACAAUCAUGGCAGAAGUCAAUCCCUCUCCGGACUGCAGCCUGGGGAGAGUCCUAAACAUCAAGCUAAGACUGAAAAACCAUCUCAAAUCAAUAUAGCUCCAGCUGCGGGAGAAAGCCAGUUAAAAUAUGAAAAUGAUCGGUUAAAAUUUGCACUUGCUCAAAGUUCAGCAAAUGCCAAAAAGUGGGAAGUAGAAUUAGCAACAUUAAAAAGUAAUAAUGCUAGGCUAACUAGUGCUCUUCAAGAAAGUACUGCCAACGUAGAAGAAUGGAAAAGACAAUUGCAUGCUUACAAAGAAGAAAAUUUACGUUUAAAGACUUGCUAUUUAGGAUUAGAAGCCGCUAAGGAGGCCGCCAUUGAAUUAAGAAAAGAAUUAACGUCUCUGAGACAGAGAGUUGAACAAUUGGAAUUAGAGCUAAAAGCCAAAGACGAAGAAAUCAAAAGGUUGUCAGGAAAAGGAGAUGAAAAUUCAGAACUUCAAUCCGCGGUAACUUUGGCUCAAGCCCAAUUAGAAACAGCUUUAGCCGCUCAAGAAUCUCAAAGAAGAGUUUUGGAUACUUUGAACGCUCAGUUAGCAGCAAGGGUAGCAGAACUUGCCGGAAUACACAGAGAAGUAGCCACGGCUUUGCAAACAUGA